UCCGACGAUGAACUUGACUAUGAGGAUGGCCUUUGCGAUAACUGCGGUGAAGAAUGUCGUACGUUGCAGCCAAUUGAUGAAGUGAAGCUUUGCUAUGUAUGCCGAAUGUACUAUAAGCAUCUUGUUUCGAAAGAAGACAGGCGAGAUGACGACGGAAGUUCACGACGUGAUCGUGUACGCGGCAGUCACACAUGGACUGAAGAGGAGCGAAUGAUUGCUUUCCAUUUUCUCGGCACGAAAACACCGGAUAAGGUGAAGAGUUUUUAUACUGAGAUGAAAGAAGAUAUAGACAAAUUGCUAGAAAAGGAAAUCCGAGCAGAUGAAGAGUUGGUCACUUCGUUUGAUGUCGAAAAGGAACUGGGUGCAGAGGCGACUAAACCUGUGGAAAUAGUAAACCUUGAUUGA